AACAUACCGUAUACCACGGCUACUGUUGACCCUGCUGCAUACACGCUUGAAACCACUAACUCAUCUGCCAUCCCGGGGAUACUUGUCUUUUAAAUCCAGUUUGUUUGCAAGCCAACUUGCGCUGAUCUCGUCCUUGCUGCUGUAGGAGUUCUGUCGAGUCCGCAGCCACUGCUGGCCAUGGAGCGAGGAAGCGGGUUUUCAUUCAUGAAGUAUGGGACGGCAGUGUCUCUUGCGAUGUUUCUGCUGGCGUACUGGUUCCGACCUCCCGGGGAGUCAAGGCUGGAUGACCGGCUGGACACGGUGCUGUCCUCCCUGCUGCGGGCUGAAAGCAAAGUGGGGAUUAACAACGCCAGACCCAGGGUGGCGAUAGGUUUAGGGGGUUGUGUAGACAUCCUCGUGGACGGGGUGAGGUUGCUGAAUAAGAUCGGCCUGCCACCCACAGACCAGCCUCUCCAUCAUGACUACAUAGAGAACGCUGAUCAGCUGGCAGAGAGCUUCGCUUACUUCUUCGUCCCGGGAGCCGCUGCAGAGCGGUUUGUGAUGAACAACACCCUGUUCAGUCAGCUGGUCGAGACAUCUCGUGAGUUGCCCGGCAACCGCUGGUCCAUAGGUGGCAACGCCCCAGUGAUGGCUGGUCGAAUGGCAACUGAGGGCUGCGACGUGUUGCUAGGGGGGAGCUUUAGCCCUGACUUCGCUGAUGUACUGUCCCAGCACAUCACAGUUGCAGGUAAUGUGGUGGAGGAGCCUGAUAUCCAUCUGAUCCUGGAGUACCCAUCUGGAGCCACCUGGGGUCAGUACACCGCCCGCAGGGCCAACAGGUACAUAGUCCACAGCGAUGACCAUAACCCAUACCUAGCGUCACUGGAGGACUUUGAGGAUAAGCUGCAGGACUUCCAUCCUGACCUGCUGGUGAUGGGCGGGCUCCAAAUGAUGGACAGCUUCCCCUUCCGACAGGGUGAGAGGAAACACCUGCUCUCUCGGCUGGGCAAUCUCCUCUCCUCCUCCUCCCCUCGGACGGGCGUCCAUUUUGAGAUGGCCAGCUUCGUGGAUGAGGGUCUAAUGGGGGACCUGCUGCGUCUGGUCCUGCCCAAUGCCGACUCCCUGGGGAUGAACGAGCAGGAGCUGCCCAACCUGCUCAGCCUGUUGAGGGGCUCUAACGUCACCGUACUCUCUGACCCUAACCCCCGCGUUGCUACCGUCCUCGACCAGAUGAGGGAGCUCUACCGCCUGGUCAACCAGCACUACCGCGAUGCUAAUGAGGAUAGCGGCGUGGACGCUAAUGCAGCUAGCGCUAAGGGCCGGCCGCUGUCCAGGCUCCACGUGCACACGUUGGCGUUCCAGGCCAUGAUCGUGACGCGUGGCUCCCAGUGGAAGAACACCAUGUCGGCCGUGGCCAAGGCCUCGCUUACCGCCAACCGCCACGUGUGCGGCUCGCCGGACAUCGACCCCAGCAAGGCGCGGCUCAUCAUGGACGAGUCAUUCUCUGUGAGCCGGCAGGAGGGAAGCCAGCGGAUCCCUCUAGAGGAGACCAGGCCUGUCAGCUGCUGGGACGAGGAUGACUAUGAGAUCUGUGUGGCGCCCAACCUGGUGUGCACAGAUGUUUACCAGACUGCAGGGGGAGGGGACAACAUCUCUGCCGCAGGACUGGUGCUGCAGAUCUGAGCCAACUUUAGGGACCAACGGCUAACUCUAACAAAGAGAUCCCCUAACAUGUGAAGUCUUUUAUCAUUCUGGUUUUAGGUGUGUUUAUUGUGUUGCCGGUGCAAUGCAAACGCUGGGUGCAGUGUGUCUGGCAGGGCUGAGCCUACUCCUCUUCUGUGCUUUUAGUUGUCCUCUGCCUCCUCUCCCCCCUCUCCUCCUGUAUUCCUCUUUCUCCUGUCCUCUGCCUCCUCUCCCCCCUCCUGUGCUCCUCUUUCUCCUGUCCUCUCUCUGAGCAGUAUGACCUGACACAUCCACACACACUCAUACACUCACUCAUUCCAUCAGGUGGAGCUCAUAUCAUAUGGGACCUAUUUCCUCAACCAGGGCCACGUUCCGUAGCCAAAUAUUGCAGAUAGAAAUACCACGAAUAGAGCCGAUGUGAUUCCUUACUCUACAUGUCAGAGGCAUAUUUGUUCUACAUAGAAAUAUGCUAUCUGAAUAUCCAAAAUGUUGCGUCCUGCUGAACGCCCCCCCCAUGUGGUUUUUCCUUUGACGUGUGUUAAGGUCCAGACACUGAUCACAUACACAUCCACUCCCUGUAGAGCAUUACAUAAAUACAUAUCUGGUGUCCAUAGCUAUUCCAUUCUGUCCCAGGAUAUCCAGGCACAAAACAAACAUUCCAUCAGUUUCACCAUUUCAGCCAACAACAUUCUAUUGUUUUUCCUCAAGGGAAUUUUCAAUCGUUUUUUCUCAAGGGAACGUUCAAUUGUUUUCUCUCAGGGGAAAGCUUUUGAUUGAUAUCUGACUGUUUUCAUGUUAACCUGAUUUAGAGCUGGUGGCAUAUGGGCCUUUAUCUCAUGUGUCUAGCUAAGCAGUAGAAAAGGGAAUUUAAAUGUGUUAGCUCAGUGUUGCGUGAUGAUUCUUCCUCAGUCUGUCCUGUACACAUAAUGCAUUGUAAUGUUGUCGUCUUCAGUCUGAAUAUUAUGUAAUGAUUGAAGACAACCACAGGGAGUGUUUCUCUGUUAUGUCUGUAAUGUGGAAGAGAAACUUUUUUACCCUUAACAUGAGCAUGUAUUCUUCUCAUAACCUCCUCACUCUCCGUAUACUGCCUGCAUCCUAUCAUAUCAUUGAGUCAUACACACAUUAGGCGCUUACGUUGUGUGUUUGAAUGAUUAUUGCAUGGGCCACAUACAAGGCGCUUUGGAUAAAAGCAUCUGCAAAUUAAGUAUGAUAUAUCAGCCAAACAAGUUUGUGUCAUUUAGAUGUACUCUCUGCAGAACAGCCCAUAUGAUCUCUUUACCUUGGCAUAUGAUCUCUUUACCUUGGCAUAUGAUCUCUUUACCUUGGCAUAUGAUCUCUUUACCUGGGCCCAUAUUCAUAAAGCUUCUCGGAGUAGGAGUAAUAAUCUAGGAUCAGUUAUCUUUUAGCUCAUAGGCAAUUGAUUAAGUUUACAUGGACCGGGGUUAACCUGAUUCUAGAUCAGCACUUCUACUAUGGAACUCCUUAUGAAUACAGGCCCUGUUCUGAAGGGAGACUGGGUGCAUCCUAACAGUCUAAAGUGGCUUUCUCUCCUUGUUUCCUUUAUUUAAUUGGCACUGAUCAGAAAGAACUACAUCUAUCCCCAAUCAUAUAAGUUGAGAUGAGUGCAGAUGGAAGGGAGGAAGCUGCUGUGUACUACUGACAUGCAGCAUGAAGCCUGUAGGCUUGACAGGGUUCCUCCACUGUCCUCUUAAGGCGGCUGCAUUUAUUUCCAGACAGAACACCAUGCCACUCCAAGCUGAGUCCACCCCUCUGGGUGACUGACGUGCGUGCGUGUGUUCCUGCUUCUCGGCAACUGCUUGUGCGUAUGUAUUUGCGUGAGUGUCCAUGCUUUCAGAAUAUAUUUGCGCGAGUGAAUGAAUGUGUGUGUUGCUCUGGCCAGCUGAUGUAAUUGUUGUCUCAGGGAUUAGCUGACCUGUGCUGUUAAGGAGUUGUGGAAUAUCUGGAGGCUAGACACUUCCAGAUGGAUCGCAGUACAUGGAAGGAAGGAUGGCUCAUGGCCAGGUGAAUUGGUUUGUUCUGAGUGACUUGGGCGAAAUAAAGAAAACACAUUCCAUCUUC